AUGCAGCUCAGACCGGCAGGUUGGGCUGCGGCGUGGGUGCGGGGUCAGCAGGGCGCCUUCCUAUCGGCCGUCAGCAAACACGGCUAUCAGCGGCGGCAGCCGGCAGCCGCCCAUUCACCUGGGGGCACCGGCUGCUCUCUAAAUAACCCGGCCCUACUCGCCGUCUGGGCGGCAGCGCCCGGCGCGUCACGUGGAGACGCAGCGCCAAGUUCGGAGUCGGGGCCGGAGGCGCCGUCCGCGCGGCCGGUGGAGCUGGUGUUCGCGGGCGUGUGGGCGGCGGCGCGGCGCGGCGGCCGGCCCGUGCUGCGCGACGUGUCGGGGCUGGCGCGGCCGGGCGAGCUGCUGGCCGUGAUGGGGCCCUCCGGCUGCGGCAAGACGACGCUGCUCAACGUGCUGGCGGGCCGCGCGCAGCCCAGCGCCGGGCAAGUGCGCCUCAACCGCGAGCGCCUCGACAAGCGCUGGAAGCGCCGCAUCUGCUACGUGCUCCAGCAGGACGUCUUCUUCCCCGAGCUCACCCUCCGACAGACGCUCGAGUUCACGGCGCGGCUGCGACUGCCGGACAGCCUGACGGACGCGCAGAAGAUGCUCUACGUGGACCACAUCCUCGAGGUGCUCGACCUCACCAGCUGCCAGGACACCAUUAUCGGCGAUUACCUGAAGAGAGGCCUGUCCGGUGGGGAGAAGAAGCGGGCCAACAUCGCGUGCGAGCUGCUCACCAACCCGUCGCUGAUGCUGCUCGACGAGCCGACUUCGGGGCUGGACUCGCACUCGGCCUACAGCCUGAUGCUGAGCCUGAAGCGGUACGCCGUGUCGGAGGGCAAGACGGUGGUGGUGGCGGUGCACCAGCCGUCGUCGCAGAUCUUCCAGCUGUUCGACAAGCUGCUGCUGCUGUGCGCCGGCCAGACCGCCUACUACGGGCCCGCGCGCGCCGUCGUCGACUUCUUCAGCGCCAUCGGCCUGCCCGUCAUGCCGCAGUACAACCCCGCCGACUUCAUCCUGGAGCAGGUGAAGGGGAGCGAGGAAAUGCGGAAGAAGAUCGUGGCAGCGAGCCGGGACGCACGUAGCUCUCCCGACUACCCGCAGGAGCUGCUGCCCGGAUUCUUCGCGACCGACGCGCGUCACCACAAGUUCCUGGCAGACGCGGGCCAGCUGCACGCCAACGGGCGCGUGGACUGCGCGUGCCGCUGCCACGAGGGCGACGCGUCGCCGUCGGGGGCGGCGUCGGCGGCGGCGGGGGCGGGCGCGCAGCUGCACCCGCACUCGCACGCGCAUGCGCACACGCAGCUCGAGAUGACGGCGGUCGCCGCGCUAGCGGCGCGCGAGGACGAGGGCAAGACGCUGUGGACGGACAGCCAGUCGCACGCCUCGUCGUCGAGCAGCGGCGCCGACGACGACGGAUCGGACUGGCAGUGGCCCACCUCUUUCUGGACGCAGUUCAAGGUUCUGUCACAGCGCAACUUCCAGGAAGCACGGCCCAGAAUGCUGUCGAAGCUGAACUGGGUGCAGACAGUGGCACUGGGGGCGAUGGCAGGCCUGUUGUGGUUCCAGUUGGACAGGAAGGAAGAGGCACUUCACGACAUCCAGGGUUGGAUGUUCUUCUCCACCACCUACUGGAUGCUGUAUGCCCAUUUUGGGGCUCUCUCGUCCUUUCCACCUGAACGAGAGGUGAUCAACAAAGAGAGGCUGUCGGGAUCAUACCGGCUGUCUGCAUAUUACCUUGCCAAGAUGGUGGGAGAGCUGCCACUGACAGUCACCCUGCCCGCGGUCUACCACAUCAUCUCCUACCCCAUGCUGGGGCUGAAGUCCCCGACAGUCUUCGCCACUCUGCUUGCCUUCCUGCUGCUCAACACUGUUGUUGCUCAGAGUGUGGGCUUCUUCGUGGGAGCGUCCUGCAUGGACAUGCAGGUGUCCAUUACCAUCAGUGCUCUGUACACGCUUGCAACACAGCUUUUUGGUGGCUACCUUGCAACCAACAUCCCGUACUGGCUGUCGUGGCUGCGGUAUCUCAGCAUGGUGCACUACGCCUUCCAGAACAUGCAAAUCGUCGAGUUCUCAGGCACGCCUCUACAGUGUGCUGAAGAAAAGAGCAAAUUUCCGUCGUGUGCAGCUGGUUCGUCGACUGUCUCUGUGGACGACAUCCUGGAGUCGCAAGGUGCGGGCCUGGCGUCUCUUUGGGGCAACACACUGGUGCUGCUUUUCUUCCUGGUGCUCUUCCGUACCCUCGGCUAUGUCGUGCUGCGGUACUUCCGCCGACCCAAGUGACGUGCCCUGCGGCAAACUCGAGUACUGCCCCACGUCACGUUACCAUUGAAACUCACUGACAUUUGUAAAUGUACACAUACACAUAUUAUACGAUACGCUGAAGUCUUACUGUUACCUGUGUAAUUCUGGCACUGCAGUUAUUACACGUGUAAAUGUGAUAAUGUAUCAUAUUCGAAAGAAUUGUGUUCGUUGGAGAAUGUUGCCACGGGUUACGCGUCGGAAGCGUCUGCGGUGAAGGAAUGGGUGAUUGUGUAAACUGUGAAUGGAACACUUGGGUGGAGGCCACAACAGAUAUGCAUGAGUAAGGUGCUGCUGACACACCGUUGUAGAAAGUUCCAUUUUAUCCAGAUUUUACUGUGUGCCAGAUAGUGUUAAGUGUGUGCACGAUGGAUAGAAACUACCCGAGGACAUUCCGUGCUUCUCAGCAAACAGAGAGAAUGAGCUCGAGUGUGAAUGUGUGUGUGUGAGAGAGAGGGAGACUGACAUGUUAAAAAUGUGUGCAGCAAAAUAAUGAGGAAAGAGGUGGAUAGUGAACCAGAUGAUAAACCUAGUCCAAUAUAAAAUACUAUUUAUAUUCAAUAAAUCUGUUAUAGAAAUUAUGAAACACAUUGUUCAUGUUUGUUUUCUACCUAUUCCUAUCUCAUAUAUUUUUGAUUAUAUCUGAAUAAAUACAUCAUUUAUUUGUGUA